AUAACAAAACACAAACAGCACAUCACUUCCCGUGUGGUCCCAUUCUACAGCCUGUCAAACAACACUAAUUUUUCUCUCACAGUCCCUUUCCUUCCUUCUCAACCCCUAAACCAUUAACCAAAAGCUAACUCACACUCACAAUCUCCAUUGAAAAACCUCUCAAGACUCAACAACAACCAUACCCCACAAUACACGCCACUUCACUUUACCUUCUCUUCUCUUCUUCCCACCUUCUCACUCUCUCAUUUUGCCACCAAAAAACCACUAUCAUUGUUUCUCUCAAUCUUCACCAGAGACCAAAAUGGAAUAUCCCAAUUCCAUCUAUGGUCUCUUCUUCAUCCUUUUCCUAAUCCCAAUCCAUUCCGCAUUCACUCACAAUUCAACCUCAACCGUUCAGAUCAACUCCAACUCCAUCCUCGUUGCGCUUCUGGAUUCUCAUUACACCGAACUCGCGGAACUCGUUGAGAAAGCUCUUCUCCUUCAGAAACUUGAAGAAGCUGUUGGUAAUCACAACAUCACAAUCUUCGCUCCAAGAAAUCAAGCUCUUGAACGUGACCUAGAUCCUGAAUUCAAAAGAUUUCUUCUCGAACCACGGAAUCUGAAGUCUCUUCAAAUGCUUUUGAUGUCUCACAUUCUUCCUUCAAGAAUCGCUUCUCAUCACUGGCCGGAAAAUAGUCUCCGUCAUCAGACACUCUCCAACCACCGUCUCCAUUUAACAACAAACCCUUCCGGUAAGAAAUCUGUUGAUUCCGCUGAGAUCCUCCGCGCCGACGAUGUUCUCCGUCCCGACGGUGUCAUCCACGGUAUCGAACGUCUCAUUGUACCUCGCUCCGUACAGGAAGAUUUCAACCGGAGAAGAAAUCUUCGUGAUAUAUCAGCGAUUCUCCCGGAAGGAGCACCGGAGGUAGAUCCAAGAACAAACCGGCUAAAAAAACCAGCACCAGUCCCUGCCGGAGCUCCACCGGUGUUACCAAUCUACGAUGCUUUAGCACCAGGUCCUUCUCUAGCUCCGGCACCGGCACCAGGACCGGGAGGACCACGUCAUCACUUUAACGGAGAACGUCAAGUGAAGGAUUUCAUUCAAACUCUUCUUCAUUACGGUGGUUACAAUGAAAUGGCGGAUAUUCUUGUAAACCUAACGUCGCUUGCAACGGAAAUGGGUCGUUUAGUUUCUGAAGGUUAUGUUCUAACCGUUUUGGCUCCAAAUGACGAAGCAAUGGCGAAGUUAACGACCGAUCAAUUGAGUGAACCAGGUGCACCGGAACAGAUCAUAUAUUAUCAUAUAAUUCCAGAGUAUCAAACGGAGGAGAGUAUGUAUAACGCUGUUAGGAGAUUUGGGAAAAUUAGUUACGAUACACUCCGUUUGCCUCAUAAGGUUGUUGCUCAGGAAUCUGACGGUUCCGUUAAAUUUGGUCACGGUGAUUCUUCUGCUUAUUUGUUUGAUCCUGAUAUUUACACCGACGGGAGAAUUUCCGUUCAGGGUAUUGACGGUGUUCUUUUACCACCGGAGGAAGAGAAUGAAGAUGAAUCAGCCUCAAUUAGCCGUGCAAAAAUUCCACUUGUUAAAGUUGCUACUAAACCAAGGAGAGGGAAGUUGCUGGAACUCGCAUGUAGCAUGGUUGGAGUCUGCUCAUGAAUGAAAUCGCUUUCUCAACUAAUCGCUUAAAAAUAGAAAAAAAAAAUUAUAAUAAAAAAAAGAGUGAAUUUAUAUGUAAACUUGAUGAAUGUUGUAGAGUUAUUAAUCAUUUUCAAUACAAAGGGGAGCGAUUGAGUUGCAAGAUUUCGGUGGGAACUCACACAGAAGAUAACAAAUUUUCUGUCAUUUUGUUUCAUACUGUAAUUACAUAUCAUUUUUUUAUUAAAUUUUUAUAUUUUAUGUUGAUUCACUGUCUCUGUAUGCAUAAAUAACACCUUCAAAUACGACACUAUCCUCUCUCGGUUGCAUUAUAUUUUUUCCCCUGUUUGUAUGUGAAUCAAAAAAAUAUUAUUAUCCCUUCAA